AUGAAAGAUCUUGGUCCUCUUCGUUAUUUUCUUGGCCUUGAGAUUGCUUAUUAUCGUCGAGGUUACUUGGUGUCUCAACAGAAGUACAUAUCUAACAUUUUUCGACGAGCUGAUAUCACUGAUCUUCGCACUGCCUCUACCCCUAUUGAAUUGCAUCACCAUCUCUCCUCUUCUGAUGGAGAGCCUCUACCUGAUACUACUCGCUAUCGUGCUCUUGUUGGUGCUCUUGUCUAUCUUACUAUUACUCGGCCUAAUAUUUCAUAUGUUGUUCGUGUUCUUAGUCAAUUUGUGAGUGUUCCUCGCUCUACUCAUUACGCUUCCCUCUUACGAGUUCUUCGUUAUCUUCGUGGCACUAUAUCUCGCUCUUUACUUUUUUCUGCCACAUCUUCUCUUGAGUUGCGCGCCUAUUGUGAUGCUGAUUGGGCAGCUGAGUAUGAUGCUAUGUCUUCUACUGCUAAGGAGGUUCUUUGGUUGCGAUAG